AUGGGUGGGAUCUGCAUCGCUCAGUCCUUAAAGAUCCCUCACAAUCACAAGCAGGAGAACUUCGACAAGAUCAUCAGGCUGCUUCUGGAGACUCGUUACGCCCGGGCAGUCAUCCUCUUCGCAUCAGAUGAGGACAUACGGGGUAUCCUGAACGCCAGUAAGAGGGCGGACCAGGUGGGUCAUUUCCUGUGGAUCGGUUCAGACAGCUGGGGAGCCAAGAUCAGCCCUGUCCAUCAGCUAGAGGAAGCGGCAGUGGGAGCUGUCACUAUCCUGCCCAAAAGAGUAACCAUCGGCGGAUUUGAUGCCUACUUCACAUCGAGGACGCUGGAAAACAACAGGAGAAACGUCUGGUUCGCAGAAUACUGGGAGGAGAACUUCAACUGUAAACUAAUGAGCUCUUCCAAGAAGGAAGACACCAGCAGGAAAUGCACAGGCCAAGAGCGGAUUGGGAUGGACUCUAAGUACGAGCAAGAGGGGAAGGUUCAGUUUGUGAUCGAUGCAGUGUACGCCAUGGCCCACGCCCUUCACAACAUGCAGAGAGACCUGUGUCCCGACGGCUCUGGGAUCUGUCCCGAUAUGGACUUGGCCGGGGGCAAGAAACUGCUCAAGUACAUUCGCAGUGUCACGUUCAAUGGAAGUGCUGCGACGUCAGUGAAUUUCAACAGGAACGGUGAUGCUCCGGGACGUUACGACCUGUUCCAGUAUCAGAUCAACAACGACAGCUCCCCGGGGUACAAGAACAUUGGACAGUGGACAGAGACAUUACAGCUCAACAUCGAGGAUAUGCAGUGGCCGGACGGACAGACAGAGAUCCCCAGCUCUGUGUGCAGUCAGCCCUGCAAGACAGGACAGAGGAAGAAGGCAGUGAAAGGCAUGCCGUGUUGCUGGCACUGUGAACCCUGUGAUGGCUACCAGUACCAGUAUGAUGAAACAUCCUGCAAGCUGUGCUCCUACAGCAUGAUGCCCAACCCCAACAGGACGGCAUGUCAGCCCAUCCCCAUCGUGAAGCUGGAGUGGCACUCCCCUUGGGCAGUGAUCCCCGUCUUCCUCGCCAUGCUGGGCAUCAUCGCCACCAUCUUCGUCAUGGCAACCUUCAUCCGCUACAACGACACGCCCAUUGUCCGUGCGUCUGGCCGUGAACUGAGCUAUGUCCUCCUCACCGGGAUCUUCCUCUGUUACAUUAUCACCUUCGUCAUGAUCGCCAAGCCCGACGUCGCCAUAUGCUCAUUCCGCCGGAUCUUCCUGGGUCUGGGCAUGUGCAUCAGCUACGCCGCGUUACUCACCAAGACCAACCGGAUCUACCGGAUCUUUGAAGAAGGUAAGACGUCGGUGACGGCACCCAGGCUGAUCAGCCCGACCUCUCAGCUGGCCAUCACCUCUUCCCUAAUUUCCGCUCAGCUACUGGGUGUGUUGGUCUGGUUCGGUGUGGAUCCCCCUAACACCAUCAUCGACUACGACGAACAGAAGACAUUCGACUCAGACCAGGCUAGAGGAGUGUUGAAAUGUGACAUCACGGAUCUGCAGAUUAUAUGCUCGCUGGGUUAUAGCAUCCUACUCAUGGUCACGUGUACUGUGUAUGCCAUCAAGACGCGGGGCGUCCCGGAGAACUUUAACGAGGCUAAACCCAUUGGAUUCACGAUGUAUACCACCUGUAUCGUCUGGCUAGCCUUCAUUCCCAUCUUCUUCGGGACAGCUCAGUCUGCAGAGAAGCUAUAUAUCCAGACCACCACCCUCUGUAUCUCUAUGAAUCUUAGUGCCUCGGUGGCCUUGGGGAUGCUUUACAUUCCUAAAGUCUAUGUCAUCAUCUUCCACCCGGAGCUUAAUGUCCAGAAGAGGAAGAGGAGCUUCAAGGCAGUGGUGACGGCCGCGUCCCUCACCACACGGCUCUCACACAAGACCAGUGACAGGCCCAAUGGAGAGGUCAAGACGGAAUUGUGUGAAAACAUUGAUCCAAACAGUCCGGCAGCAAAGAAGAAGUAUGUGAGCUACAAUGACAUUGUGAUCUAACAGCCGUCAUCAGAGAGAAGGGCAGGCUGUUUGGGGAUGCUUGGUCUCCUGCCCCUCCUGCCCAUAAAGGAAAUCCAAACUAUGUUUAUGUCCAUGCUGCUUUACUGCCCACUCACACCCCGGAACCCGCAGAACCCCCCGGAAUCCUGGAACUCCAGAACAACACAGUGACAAUGGGUGGGUUCUGGGUUCUAGAGCUUUCUUUUCAAACAGAGGAUUCUGUCUGGCUAACUGAUGUUUGUUUCAUGGUGGAAAAUCAAGACGGACAUUUCUGUUGGGAGCAAAAUAAUUUACAAAAUAAUUUGUUUUGUUAAAUGAUUUCAGAGAGAAAAAAGAGGCAGAGAACUGGUUUGGACAAAAAACCUGUGUUCCUCCUCAGGAUUAGAGUGUGUCUCUGCAGACCCCUCAGAGCUGGCCCCCCACUCCCUAUAGGUGUGUCUCUGCAGACCCCUCAGAGCUGGCCCCCCACUCCCUAUAGGUGUGUCUCUACAGACCCCUCAGAGCUGGCCCCCCACUCCCUAUAGGUGUGUCUCUGCAGACCCCUCAGAGCUGGCCCCCCACUCCCUAUAGGUGUGUCUCUGCAGACCCCUCAGAGCUGGCCCCCCACUCCCUAUAGGUGUGUCUCUUCAGACCCCUCAGAGCUGGCCCCCCACUCCCUAUAGGU